UUAUUUUAGUCCAACUACUGAGAUGUGAUUUUCAAGCCAUUCUGUGUCAUAAACCCAGCUAAUCUCCACUAUCCUUAUCUAGACAAUUUGUCUAUGUGUGACUUUUUUUGGCACUUGGAACUUCAGCACAUUGAAAAACCUGGUUCAUAGCCCAUGGGUGCCAUGAUCACUCUCUCAAGCUCAAGAACACAACUGAUCUUCUACUUGAUUGUCUUGCUUCUUUCACCUUUUCCCUACUCUUCAGCUGACCCUGAUCCAUUACAGGACUUUUGUGUCGCAGAUUUAAAAUCCUCUACUUCUGCUAAUGGCUUCCCCUGUAAAUUAUCCUCAGAAGUGACUUCGGACGACUUCUUCUUCGACGGUCUGGUCAAAGAAGGGAAUACAUCAAACCCCUUUGGAGGGAGUGUCACUCCGGGGAACGUUCUCUCGUUUCCGGGUGUAAACACCCUCGGAAUUUCUAUGAACCGGGUCGACUUGGUGCCUGGCGGGCUUAACCCGCCCCACCUGCACCCGCGGUCGACAGAGUCUGGGAUAGUGAUCGAAGGGAAGGUGCUUGUGGGGUUCGUGUCGACGGGGAAUGUGUUCUACUCUAGGGUUCUUGGGGGUGGGGAGAUGUUUGUGGUACCCAAAGGGCUCGUGCACUUCCAGAUGAACGUUGGAGAGGGGAAGGCUUUGAUUUUUACAGCGUUCAAUAGUGAACUGCCGGGUGCUGUGGUACUUCCCUUGACUCUUUUUGGUUCAAAACCAGCAGUGCCUAUUGAUGUUUUGACCAAGGCAUUCCAGGUAGAUGAAGAUGUUGUCAAUGGGAUAAAAUCCAAGUUUGGUUUCUAGGUUUAUUUUGUAAGUUGCUCUGAACCUGUUAAGUAGGUGGUUUCUCUCU